AUGAACUCCACCUUGGAUGGUAAUCAGAGCAACCACCCUUUUUGUCUCUUGGCAUUUGGCUAUUUGGAAACUGUCGAUUUUUGCCUUUUGGAAGUGUUGAUUAUUGUUUUUCUAACUGUAUUGAUUAUUUCUGGCAACAUCAUUGUGAUUUUUGUAUUUCACUGUGCACCUUUGUUGAACCAUCACACUACAAGUUAUUUUAUCCAGACUAUGGCAUAUGCUGACCUGUUGGUUGGGAUCAGCUGCCUGGUUCCUUCUUUAUCACUCCUCCACUACCCGCUUCCAGUAGAGGAGUCCUUGACUUGCCAGGUGUUUGGUUUUAUAGUAUCAGUUCUGAAAAGUGUCUCUAUGACCUCUCUGGCUUGUAUCAGCAUCGAUAGAUAUAUUGCCAUCACUAAACCUUUGACCUAUAACACCCUGGUUACACCCUGGAGACUGCGCCUGUGUAUUUUCCUGAUUUGGUUGUAUUCCACCCUGGUCUUUCUGCCUUCCUUUUUCCACUGGGGCAAACCUGGAUAUCAUGGAGAUGUGUUUCAGUGGUGUGCAGAGUCCUGGCGCACCGACCCCUACUUCACCCUGUUCAUCGUGAUGAUGUUAUACGCCCCAGCAGCCCUCAUUGUGUGCUUCACUUAUUUCAACAUUUUCCGCAUCUGCCAGCAGCACACAAAGGAAAUCAGCGAAAGGCAAGCUCGCUUCAGCAGCCAGAGUGGGGAGACUGGGGAGGUGCAGGCCUGUCCGGACAAGCGCUAUGCCAUGGUUCUGUUCCGGAUUACUAGUGUGUUUUACAUCCUCUGGUUGCCAUACAUCGUCUACUUCUUGUUGGAGAGCUCCACUGGCCACAGCAACCGCUUCGCAUCCUUCUUGACCACCUGGCUUGCCAUUAGUAACAGUUUCUGCAACUGUGUCAUUUAUAGUCUCUCCAACAGUGUCUUCCAAAGGGGACUAAAGCGCCUCUCGGGGGCCAUGUGUACUUCUUGUGCAAGUCAGGUCAUAGCUAAGGACCCUUACACAGUUAGGAGCAAAGGCCCUCUUAAUGGAUGCCAUGUCUAAAGAGGUUCAGAUAU